UGCUGCUCCACAGUUGGUAGCUUUUGAGCACAUGUUUUUGUAUGAGGAUCGAGGUCCACGCUAACGCUAUCCGCCCAGAAAAAGCAAUCAAUAAAAGGACUUUGAAAUUAAGUUGAUGUUUCGUUUGGACACACUUCCCUCAACAUGAGGGUCCGUGACUGAUUUUUGGAUUCUGAGGACAGGCUACCUGUUGUUUAAAAGUUAUAUAGCCUACUAUAAAACAUUUUCAUAUUUUCGGCGAACAGUUUGGGGCGCAAUUACGCACGGCGAGCACCAUGGCACUGAUUUUGGAUAGACGUGCGCCCGCUUUGCUUUUAGUUUGGAGCUACUGCGUUCUGGCAAAUACAGCUUUUACGAACUUUACUUUGGACAAUGAGUUCCACUCCAGUUUUAUCCACCGUCGGCUGAAGAGCCAGGAGCGCAGAGAGAUGCAACGGGAGAUCCUGUCGAUCUUGGGGUUACCGCACCGGCCGCGACCUCACCUCCACGGAAAGCACAAUGCUGCUCCGAUGUUCAUGUUGGACCUGUACAACGCCAUGUCCACAGAGGGGGACGACAACAGAUAUUCCUACCCCUACAAGCCCAUCUUCACGACCCAGGGUCCCCCGAUAGCCAGUCUGCAAGACAACAACUUCUUGAACGAUGCAGAUAUGGUCAUGAGCUUUGUGAAUUUGGUGGAGCACGAUAAGGAAUUCCUACCGGUGCGGCGGCAUCACAGAGAGUUCAGAUUUGAUCUGUCCAAAAUCCCAGAGGGUGAAGCAGUCACUGCAGCAGAGUUUCGCAUAUAUAAAGACUUCAUCCAUGAACGUUAUGAUAACGAGACCUUCCGUAUCAGUGUCUACCAGGUGCUGGAGGAACACUCUGACAGAGAAUCAGAUCUGUUUCUGCUGGACUCCAGGGUGAUCUGGGCAGCAGAGGAAGGCUGGUUGGUGUUUGACGUGACAGCCACCAGUAACCACUGGGUCCUAAAUCCUGGCAGAAAUCUAGGUCUACAGCUGGCCCUGGAGAGCACUAAUGGAGAGAGCAUCAACCCUCGUGUGGCAGGGCUGAUUGGUCGGAGCGGGCCCCAGAAUAAACAGCCCUUCAUGGUGGCCUUCUUCAAAGCCACUGAGGUGCACCUGCGAAGCAUCCGUUCAACAUCAGGAGGGUCCAAACGCAACCCCAACAGAUCCAAAGGCGCAAAGAGCCAAGAGGCGCUCAGAAUGGCCAAUAUUGCAGAAAACAGCAGCACUGAUCAGAAGCAGGCGUGUAAGAAACAUGAGCUCUAUGUCAGCUUCCGAGACUUGGGGUGGCAGGACUGGAUCAUUGCUCCAGAAGGAUAUGCAGCAUACUACUGUGAGGGAGAGUGUGCCUUCCCACUGAACUCCUACAUGAAUGCCACAAACCAUGCCAUUGUGCAAACACUUGUUCAUUUCAUUAAUCCAGACACAGUUCCUAAACCAUGUUGUGCCCCCACGCAGCUCCACGCCAUCUCUGUGCUCUACUUUGAUGACAGCUCCAAUGUCAUCCUCAAGAAAUACCGCAACAUGGUGGUCAGAGCUUGUGGCUGCCACUAGACUGUCGCUGUCUUGACAUGAACACAUGCAUACGUGCACACUGAGAAGAAAAUGAAGAGGGCCGUCAUUUGAUAUGCUGCAAAAGGAUCAUGGAAAGGAUUAUGUGCAUUGUGUCAACAGGUUGUGAGGCCAAACGUGACUUUCAGUCAAUUUAAAUAGACCGUUUUCUUCCACAUCAAAUAAACAUAUUUUUGCUCUUAUGUGCCGGCAUUUUUGGCUGCAAAUGUUGUAGCCUGACAUCACUAGCUAGGGCUGAUAUCUCCAAAACCCAGCAACUCAAACCAAAACAGACUAGAGUAAUAAACAGCACUACAAGCUAUGAAAAAAAAGGUUUUGUGGUAAACUUUCCCUUUAAGAUUUCUCAUAACAAAUCCACAAAAAAAACACACUCACAAACAGUUUGUGCUUUCUACUGUGUAUACAAGACAUUUUAAACAAUGAUUGUACUGUAUGAUCAUACAUUCACAGUCAACAAUCUUUUGUAUAUUUCAGUGAUUAUUGUAGUUCAUUAUGUUCGUUAUAAUUUGAACACAAGGUCAAGAGAGGAGGAAUGAGGAAAUCUUCAUUCCCUCUUUGUACAAUACUGUGUAUAUAUAUAUUUUUUCUAACAAAGUGUAUUUAUUUUCCUGGAAUGUCACUUGGAUUUGGGCUUUCUUGUGACAACAAACUCUUGAGAAAAAUGAAAAGAAAUAAUCUACUCUGACAUGAGCACUGCCUCAGACAUUAGACACGUUCUUAGAGCAACAAAAAGCUGUACGAAGCAUCUUGUUCUGCGUGCCUGACAUUUUCAGGUUUGUACUUCUCUGCUGUAAUACAAUCUGUCAUAUUUAAAAGGUCUAUUUAUUGAGAGCUGGCUAAGCUGUUCAACAGCGCGCUCCAAUGUCUCAGCUAUGGUUUACUGCUGAACUGGUACAACAAUAAAUGAGGAGAGAAGCAACAAAAGCAUCUUGAGAUGUAUUGUUUAAUCUGGAUCAAAAGCAGACUUGCGGUGCCAAGUUGGAGAAAGACACAUACUGAAGCUGGACUUUCUUUCCUGCUCCUGCACAAAUAUUUGCUUGGAUUGCAGCACCAUCAUUUACCUGCUGACAUGGAAUCUGUGACAAAUGCUUCUGUAAUGAAAAGCAAAAUGAAACUUCUUCAUCUGUAUCUGUGGUUUAUCUCUGUAAGGCAGAUGUGGGUUCCCUUUUGUCUUUGAACAACAGUUGCUUGCGCAUACAUUUUAGUGUAAAGCACGCUGAGGUCAUGUGCAAGGAAAUGUGCUUUGUGAUUAAAACAGCUUGCAUUGUG